CUGAGGAGAAGAUUCAUGGUGACGAUAUGCCAGGAUGAAAGAGAUAGCCAAUUGGACCAAAGCGGCCAUCUUACUCCCCGGCUCUUCCGGCAAGCGAAACUGUAUCACGAACCAGACCUCAUCUCCUACGCCCCUGAGUCUCGCUGUCUCCCUCCAGCACUCCGCUGCCCGCCUCCUCAGCUAGUCAUGCUGGGGCAAUUGAGCUCGCUGCCCACACAAAUGGAUUACAAGGGCCAGAAGCUAGUGGAACAGAUGUUUCAGGGAAUUAUUCUUUUUUCAGCAAUAGUUGGAUUUAUUUACGGGUACAUGGCGGAACAGUUCGGGUGGACUGUCUAUAUAGUUAUGGCCAGAUUUGCUUUUUCGUGUUUGUUGACACUUCCUCCAUGGCCCAUUUAUCAUCGGCACCCCCUCAAGUGGUUACCUGUUCAAGACUCAGGCACAGAAGACAAGAAACCAGGAGAAAGAAAAAUUAAGAGGCAUGCUAAAAAUAAUUGAUUGGGGUUUUCAUAAUUCAUCUUUACUCUUGCACUUGCUUUUGUUUCGUGUGAGAUGAGCUACAUUUUC